UUCGAUUUGGGUUUUGACGGCCGUUCAAUACAAAAAUUCGGAGCUUUAUAUCGCGAACAAAUUGAACAUUUGGCUAAAGAAUCGUGCAAUGUUAACCCUGAACUUUUUUCUGAAAUUGAUAAUAUUAGUCCAAUUCCUUUAUCGCAGUCAAUUAAUGUUAACUUGGUUGCUACAACGUCAAAAGGUGUUCGUAUCUAUAUUAGUUGUUUGGCUACAAAUCUCCAUUUAAACGAGGUCUCACAAAAAACACUUCGACCUAGCGCUCUUCGCAUUUUACACAUCCGCUUUCCUCCAGAUAUUCCAUUGACUUCACCUCACAAUUUGAGUAUUUACACAACAUAUCAGACACAUGAUUGUACUCUUAUGGCAACUCCUGGACCCGAUUCAAAUUCAAGCAUCAUUUUGGCACAUUCCACUUCCUGUUUUUCACAUAAUUCUCAACUUAUUGAAUUUACAUGUUUUAAUCGAAUUCAUGGCAGUGUUUGGAGUAUUGCUCAUUCAAGACAAAAAUCUCUACGUAAAAGUAGAAAAGAGAAUGAUAUUGUUAAACAAUCAGAUGAAUUUCCUCUUUCAGUGGAGCAACAUUUGUGUCCUAUUGAGAAAUUUUUUGUUAUUUCGUCUAAGGGCAUUUAUGUAUUUGAACACUGUUCUCCUCUUGAACUAUUUCGACAUAUACUCACUCAAUACGGCAACGAUUCAAAACAAUUCCAAGGAUUUGAAGCUGUUGUAAACCAAACAGAAUUGUGUGUAAUGGCUUUACAAGUAAUUUGUAGUGAAAAUGCUUCGGAUGCAACAAUUAAAGAUAUGGCAUUACGUGUAUUUUUCCAGUGUGCUGGAGAGCCUAGAUUAAUGUAUGGAAGUGGAGAUCAUUUUAUGGAUUAUGGACCGAGGGCAAGUACAAGCAGUGAUGGUUAUAUGAAUGGAACACUUUCUUCAAGUGUUUUUACACCUAAAACACCUCUUCGAACAUCAACACCACAAAAUAACUCAACUCCAUCUGCAAAUUAUACAAAUGGUUUUACACCUCAACAUGUUUUACAUACACCUGGAGGAGGUUUAGAUAGCGACCAAUCUAUAAUUGCUGGUGCUAGAGUGCAAAAUUCUCCACGUCAUGAAGCUUUGUUUAUUUAUUUUUCACGAAUAAUUAAAGGAAUUUGGCGAAGAAAUUUAUGUUUGGUGAAACAGAUAAACGAGGUUGAAAGUCAGCUAACAAAAAAUAUUUUGGAUGAAGUCGGUUAUUAUUUAAAUUCUCUUCGGCAAGCAAUUGACGAAUGUUCACUCAUCACUUCUCCACAAAUUCAUCAUUUUCCGAGUAGAACUUUACAACAGCAGCAACAACAACGACGAACAUCUUCUGAAGAAUCUUCUCUUGACCAGGAAAAACAAUCACUUCAAAAAUUGAGAACUUUAGUUGGUGUAACAUGUGAAGUUGUUGCUCUAUGGAGUGUUUUGUUGGAACACGAAUUGCGUGUAAUUUUUGUAGCUUUGGCUCCAGAUGUUCAAAAAUGUUUGUUAAAUUGGUCUUUAGAUGAUUUGGUUCGCAACAGGAAUGACGUCUGCGCCGAUUUAAUUAGCGCUCUUAUUCGCCAUUAUAUCGGAGAUGAUGCUUCUACGGCUGCUAUAAGUGAACGUUUACGUGCCCUUUGCCCAACACUCUUCACCGUUGAUGAUGCUUCAGUUGUUAAGGCGACAGAAAAUAUUUAUAGAGCAAAAACGACAACUCAGCCACAAUUGGAGAUGAUUAAAGAGGCUGUAGCUCAGUUUAGAAAAUCAAUUCAAAAAUUAAAUCUUGUCCAAACCUGUGAUCUUUUGUUGCAAGGUUUUGAAUUUUUUAAUAUUAAGUCUCUUUUGGAAUCCAAAUUUGAAAAUUCAAUUCAUUUUCCAUAA